GCUUGGUUGGUAGUGUUAUAAACGGAAGAAGAGGUCUUCGUUGAACGAGAGGAAGAAUCACUAUAGUACGUUCGACUCGUUAUUUCGCGAAUUCCAUAAUAGUCUUGGUUAAUAAAAGAAAAAAAAUAAAUAAAUAAAGUAUAGAAAAGUAAUCAACAAUUUGUUUGGGGGAAGAAGACAAACAAGAAAAUGCUAUUUGGAUGGGUUCGGCGUUGGUUUAUAAAUCGGAUGGAUAUUAUCCUUGGGAUGUCCGAAAGAACGACUUGAGGAAGUACCUGGCAAAGGAGAGAAGAUGAUGACGAUGUCGUCGUCUAGAGAAGGAAGAAAAACAACAACAACAAUUAUUUGCUCCAGAAUAUCGUCAACGUGGAUCUUUCUAUUGUUGGUCCUCGUUGUAAGACUCGACCACGUGGCAGGAUGUCAAUUUUACCCAAUCGGCGAAUAUUUAAAAUUUGUCAGAGUGCCUGAAAAUUUACGAGAAGGUUCAGAGAUUUUAUCAUUGGAAGCUCAUCCAAGAAAUCGUCUUACCAUUAUUCCCGUCGACAAGGAAGAGGACAGUCGUUUUUUUUCUUACAAAGACGUUAAUGGUACCCAUGUAUCUGUGACAUUAGCACACUCAUUGGAAGAUCUCGUAGACGCGGAAUCACCGAGAAAUCUACUGAAAUUCCGGGUCAUCUGUGACUUCACCGAUGGCAGGGACACCUUGGUAUCGUCGCAUUUAUCGGUCACGGUUUACGUAGAAGAUAUUAACGAUCAUGCACCACAAUUUGUCGAUGCACCUUAUCACGUGACAGUCGACGAGCUCACGCCAACCGGUGCAACCAUCUUUCGUGGAAUUCGUGCCAUCGAUGGAGACAAACCUAAUACGCCUAACAGCGAUAUUCAUUACGCUAUAGUUAAAGGAAACGAUCAAGGCAAAUUUUCCCUCGAAUCUGGCCAUAGAACAGCUUUGAUACUUCGUAAACCAUUGGAUUACGAUAAUGGUGAUCGCGAGUUCACGCUCGUGAUCACAGCGACCGAUCGGGGAGUACCCGCGAAGAGUAAUAAAACAACGGUCAAGAUAACGAUCAUUGAUAACGACGAUCUAGAUCCGAAAUUUUCUCGGGACGUUUACAAAACUAAAAUAUAUGAAUUUUAUCCAAUGCCGGAUAAGCCGAUUUUCAAGGAAAUCAACUUCACGACACCGAUUCAUGCUGUAGAUCGUGAUCACGACAUCAACGUGUCCAUAAGAUAUGACAUAAUAUCAGGAAACGAGAAUGGUUACUUUCAUUUGGACCCUAAGAACGGAUCGCUUUUCCUGAAACGUCCUAUCGAUCUCGACAACGAAAUAAAUCUACCUAAUAACAAAUUUUCUUUACAAAUUCAUGCCUCGCAAAUCGACAAUCCGUUGAAAAUGGCAAUGGCACGCGUAGAAAUCGAAGUAUUGGAUUUGAACGAUAAUUUGCCAGAAUUCGAGGUCGAUUUGUACAACAUAAGUAUCGUCGAAAAUCUUCCGAAUGGUUUCAGCGUUCUACAAGUAAUAGCACGGGACAAGGAUCAAGGAGAAAACGGGGAAUUUGUUUUUCGUUUGAACGAUCCGUCCGGUGCAUUCUCGAUGGAUCCGAGAACCGGUUGGUUAACUGUCAAAGAUCAAAACGUAUUGGAUCGGGAAAGGAGGGAUCGUUUGAGAAUGAAAGUCUACGCGAUCGAGAGAAAACCGAGUGUGAUUUGGACCGAUGGUAAACGUGCCAAUGGUUCAUCGGUAGACAUUCACGUUAGUUUGUUGGACGCUAACGAUAAUAAUCCUGUAUUCGUGCCUUCGAAUUUGUACGAACUUGUGGCGCGUGCCGAUGCCAAAAUCGGCACUGUACUUGGACAAGUUCAUGCCGUUGACGAGGAUCUUGGUCAGAACGGACUCGUUAAAUAUACUCUUCAAAAACCAGGAAAUUCUAGUACACGUAUACCACCAUUUGCGGUUGAUGAAAAGACCGGUGUUAUUACCGUCGCUGAAAGUCCUAUCGUCGAGGGAAGGCACGCGAUCUUUGUCGAGGCUGCUGAUCAACCAGCGAAUCCGAGUGAAAGGCGAUUCUCUUUGGCCGUUGUUACGCUAGAUGUUUUCCGUCCUGACGGACCAGAUUCUUGGGAACCCGACUUCGUCGGAGCACCGUACGAGUUUUGGGUCGGUGCCAAUGUGCCAGUCGGUACCAGCGUUGGCCAGAUUCGUAUAAAUGAUGCAGUUAAGACGAGCGAUCUUAUCUACGAUCUUCUUCAUAGUUAUCAGGAAGGAGUUCCGUUCGCUGUUGAGGAACGAUCAGGAACGAUAACGGUAGUGGACGAAAUAGAACGAUACGAUCGUUCGACUUACGAGUUCGAAGGUUUGGUAACUGACGAGAGGGAUUUAACUCUUGUAACCAACGUUUCCAUUCAUGUGGUCGAUCCUAACGAUGAGAGGGGUGCUUUUACAAAAGGAGCAACAACGGCACCUCUAAUUUUCCACGCGAAGGAAAAUGUCCCAGGGACGUACAUAGGGCGAGUUUUAGUUAAUAAUGGUACAGUACCCAACUCGGUUGCCACGAGUUUCCUUAUCGUCAAUCAACAGGACGUGCCUGACAUCAGUAUCACGGAGGACGGUACCCUUUACGCGCCCAAUGGUUUAGAUCGUGAGACUAGACAAAAUUAUAGUAUCACUGUUAUUGCGGAAGGUUCUAAAGGACUACAAGUUAUUCAAAUAAGAGUAAUCGUCGAUGAUGAGAACGAUCAUCCACCGGUGUUUAGUUCGUCAUCUUACGAAGGACGAAUUCUAGAAAACAGUCGAGACGGAACGGAAGUCAUCAUGGCCAAUCCUAUUGCAGCUUCCGACAAAGACGAGGGUAUUAACCAAGAAUUUAUUUUCAGCCUGACCGGAGAAGGUAGUUCCCUGUUCAGGAUUGAUCCUAAAAAUGCUCGAGUAUUCUUUGAGGGUAGUAACCAAGAGAGUUUAAAUCGCGAGGAAAGAGAAAGCUAUGAUCUUCAAGUAGUAGCCGAGGAUGGGGGUGGUAUGAUGUCGAGCGCGCGUUUUAAAAUCAUCGUCGACGAUACGAACGACAAUUCUCCUAAAUUUAUUCGCAUGAUCGUUCUACCGGAUCAAGGUGUUAAAGUAUCAAACCAACCGGACGAAGAAUCGAUCGCGAACAAAAGCCACGCGGAAGAUUCGGCAUCCAUCGAAAGCAAUGAAACGAAACGAAAGAACGAGCGCAAGUCACCGUUACUUUUGGUACCGGAAAACGUGACAAUUGGUGCACCGAUCAUUAGAUUGUUAGCAGAGGACAAAGAUGUAGGAUCUAACGCAGAAAUGAAUUACAGUCUGCAGAACGAGACAAUAUCUGGAGGAAUCUCGACAACUGUCGUUGUUCAAUCAAAACAGGAUUCGAUAGGUCGAAGAUAUUUCUUGUUGGAUUCAAGAACCGCAGAAAUUUCAGUGGCUCGUGCAUUACCACCUGAGAGGAAUGUACGUUUGGUUGUCAUUGCUAAAGACGGUGGUGGCCUUUCCGAUAACAUUACUAUAAGAAUACACGUGGUGGACGUGAACGAUCAUGCACCUGUCUUUGAUCAAUCCUGGUAUUCCUUCGACGUUGCUGAAGGCAGUUACAUGGGUCACACUAUUGGAACCGUUCGUGCUGUCGAUAGUGAUUUCGGUAUUAAUGCUAACGUCAAUUACGAGAUCAUUUCUGGUGCUCGAGACGAGGAUAACGAUAAGGACAAUUCUACGUGGAUCUUUGACGUUGGUCCACGAGAUGGUAUUUUAAGAAUAAAUGGAAAACUCGACAGAGAAAAGAUACCUGUUAAUCGUUUAGUUUUACUUGCACGCGACGAUGGUUCACCCUCGUUGAGUUCAACCGUAGAAGUUGAAGUUAACAUCUUGGACGUUAACGACAAUGCCCCAAGUUUCUUUGAUUACGGCGAGCUUGAGAAUGACGAUCGCGGCAUUCCAAUACCAGUUUAUCGCACUUCCAUUUUUGAGAACAGUCCGAUCGGUACGUUCGUGGCGAAAGUUUACGCAAACGACAGCGACUUCGCGGGAAAUGGCAAUGGUUUGAUUCUCUUCGAUCUAGCAAGUCCAGGUCACGAAGAGAAACAAUAUUUCACGAUAGACAGUAAGGAAGGAUCCAUCACGACUAUCUCAAAUCUCGAUUACGAGAAUAUAAAGAAUCAUCGAUUACUCGUUACCGCGAGUGAUCUUGGUUCACCGAUUAGCAUGACGUCUACCGCAGUUGUGAAUGUUGAGAUCAUUAACGUGGACGACGAGGACGACGAAGACGAAAUAGGAAAAGAUGAUCAGGAUGAUUUGUUUAACGAAGUACAAAAGAUCCCAACGUUCAGGCACCGAUAUUACGAGGUCGAGGUCGAGGAAAACACAGUAGCACCAAUUUGGAUCGCUGAAUUAGAUUUAACUGAUGGUUAUCAAAGCGAUCACAUACGUUACAGCAUCGUUGCGGAUGGCACGGAUGCGAGAGAUCACUUUUCGAUAGACUCGAAGAACGGCUCGCUGUAUUUGAUUACGAACACCGACAGGGAAAUGAGAGAUCGGUACGAGGCUAAGAUCAGGGUCGACAGGGUGAAGCUCGGUCGUGGGAUGCCCGUGAUGAUUUAUCCGGUCGUCGGUGAGAGGCUCAAUGGUCUCGCCCCUAACGAGGCCAGGGUCGUCGUCAGGAUCAAGGACACCAACGACAAUGCGCCGAGAUUUAAGUCAAAGGGAAGACCCAUCCUCGCUGCGAUACCUACCACUGCCCACUACGGUUACGAGGUCGUUAAAGUUGAGGCCGAGGAUCCGGACGACGGUAUAAACGGCGAGGUUCGUUACCAAAUUCUUGGACGCGAAGAUGCACCAAGAUUCGCCAUUGACCCAUUGAGCGGUCAAGUUCGGUCUGUGGCCAGUUUUACUCGUGACUCUGGCCGCGUCUUUGGUUUCGACGUCAAGGCCACGGAUAGACGUGGAGCUGAGAAUGGUCGCAGUGGCAUUGCCAACGUUUUUGUAUACGUGUUAGAUGAUAAAAAACAAGUGGUCAUGGUCGUCGAAGAAAAACCCAUAGACGUCGAACCACGUUUGGACAAUUUGACCGCCGUUCUGCACAAUAUCACGGGCCUCGACGUACGUGUCAGGAAGCUUGAGCCGCAUAUUGAAAAGAACCUGAUCGACACAACUUCAACCGACGUCUACCUAUACGCCAUCGAUCCGCAUCUAAACGUAAUGAUCGACAUGGAUACCUUGCAUAAUGUUUUUCAGAACAAGAAGGUGGAGAUAAAACGUGAACUGGAGGAGUAUCGCGUAUUAGAAAUAACUGGGAAUUCACCUAGAAGAAAUCACCGUUACAUGCUGUCAACUCUAGAAGUGGGUGUAGUCGUACUUGGCUGCGUUGUCUUCGUUGGUGCCCUUGUAACAGCCCUCUGCGUCACCUGCGUUCGUAGGAACAAACGUCGUAGACGCCGCGAAAAGGCCAUGUUCUCCAGCGGUGGUGGUGUUGGUCCACUUGGAUAUGCUUUGGCAGACUCGACAUUGCAGAAACCAGCACUCUUCCCAACCUUCGUUGAUGGGCUUCGUUACGAUCCAGAACCUUUUUCUACCGAUAUAACAAGACGACAAAGUAUCUGCGAUCAUGGACCAGGAUGCGUGCGAUUUCACACGAUGGGUGGUAACAGUGGGAAACGUGUCGUGAGAACGACAGGAACAACGAAAGGCCUCGAGGCAUCCGCAACGUCUUUGCAUUCCAGUGGCCAGGACUCGGGAAUCGUGGCACGAGCCUCCUGUCACUGCAGUCACUCCUCGAGUCCUUCAAGCGGUGAGAGUAGCAAUGGUUACGAGGAUUCCCUGAAAUCCUUGCAACGUCGCGAACGAAGCAACGAUUUGACUCGUAACAGUCACGAUACUUCAAGCGUCGUUGGUAGAAGAGCUAAUCAAGCGUUAACAAGAAGACGACAACGAUUCAAUUCAUUUACUAAUCUGGAAUCUAUGUAUGCUCACGAAAUGACAUUGCAGAGGGAUCAACGUUGUUGUACAACCGAAAAAAGACGAAAGAAUGAUGGACGCGGACGAGAACAUCGCAGGGCUCAUUCCGAGGCUGAAAACAACAUAACCGAAACUGUGAUUCAUGAGCACCCUGGUAUGGAACUUCCAUUAGCCAGUUCUUUACCCAACACUUCCAAUUUGCACAGUGCUACGAGAAACAGCCAUAUGUUGUAUUAAAGUCAUUUGGUCUUUCACGAUGCGAUUAGGCGAACCUCCGAAGAGGAUGAGAUGAAAUAACGGUCGUUGAGAAGUACGAUCACGUUCCUUGUAUCUAUCCUUCCUCUUUCUUUCUCUCUCUCUCUCUCUCUCUCUCUCUCUCUUUCUCUUUAGUUCGCUCAAACGCAAAGUUUGCUACUGGCACGGGUCACAAUGCUAAUUGGAAUGGAAUCUUCUCGAGUGAUAUGCCGUUAGGUAAUGCAAAUCGUAUGCAACUUAAGUGAGAAUAUUUAAACGUGUUUGGAGUUACUAAACUUCUGUCAAACUAAGAAGGAUGAUGAGCCUUUAACGUCAGAAAUGUGUUAAUUAUUAUUAUUACUAUUAUUACUGUAUUUUUUUUUGUUUCUAUCUAUGCCUCGAGAGUGUGUUUUUUCAUGUACAUAAGUGCAUAGACGUCGUGUCAUUUUCGUUGCCAAAGUAACUCGUACGUCAUGAUCCGAGAGAGUCAAGUCAUUAACCAUUUUAGAUUUUUAUUGAUCGUUUUGUUUCUUUUUUUUUUUUUUUCCAUUUCUGUAUAUAAAAGUGAUACGUGUUUUACUAUAUUUGUAUCAUCGGUACACGAUUCUUAUAUCGAUACUCUACAAGUGGGCUUGAUCGAUUUUUAUUAUA